CGAACAAAAUUUUCGCCAAGGAAAAAGUUGCUUCAAAUCACCUCCCGAACCACCCCUUUCAAGGUGUUACAACAUUUUUGGGACACUUUGUAUACGUUUAGUUAAGGUCAACAGAACUAUUCUUCUAUCGUAUUCAACGUUUCGAGGAUUAUUUAACAAUAAUUCGUGCAGUGCUCCAUUAAAAUAAUUAAUGAAUAUACACGAUUCUUUUAGGAUUCGAAUUUUGCCGCGCUUCGAGCACACACCGCCAUUAAUGGACCAAAGGAAAAUGGCUGAAGGUUACCUGCGAGGUCAUUUCCUCCCGUAACUCAAGUCAUCGGUCCCCUUGCCAUAAUACUUCUUUCUGCACUGUCCUUCAGGUUCGUGGUUGGCAGGCGUAAAACACCUGUGACGACUAUUAGUUGAAUGGAACGUGGAAGGGAUAACAUGGCCACCGCCUGGUGACGUUCGUUCGCCGUCGCUGUCGCGAAAUCAAAUGCUCCCAAAAACAUCUGGUGAACAUUUAUCAGUGCAGGUUGCGUAGUUUUAUUCCAGUAAACGUGUAUAACAGUCUGUGUGAAGCUCGAUGAUGAACAUGUGGAAAGUGCGGGAGUUAAUGGACAAGGCGGCCAACGUGGUAAUGAAUUACACGGAAACUGAGGCCAAAGUUCGAGAAGCAACAAACGACGAUGCUUGGGGUCCCACUGGGGCAAUGAUGCAAGAACUUGCUCAGUCUACAUUCACGUACGAGCAAUUUCCUGAGGUAAUGUCUAUGUUGUGGAAAAGGAUGUUGCAAGAAAAACGAAAUUGGCGUCGAACGUACAAGUCUCUUUUACUUUUGAAUUACCUAGUUCGCAAUGGUUCCGAACGAGUGGUUACAUCGUCAAGGGAACAUAUUUAUGAUCUUAGAUCUUUGGAAAAUUAUACUUGCAUCGACGAGUUCGGGAAAGAUCAAGGAAUAAAUAUUAGGCAUAAAGUUAGGGAAUUAAUUGACUUCAUCCAGGACGACGACAAAUUACGAGAGGAGAGAAAGAAAGCUAAGAAAAAUAAGGACAAAUACGUAGGUUUAUCCAGCGAAGCAAUGGGUAUGCGAUUUGGUGGCGGAGAUAGAUGGACGGAUAGCCCGAAAUGGGGUAAAAGUAGUAUAGAUGCUUAUGCUGAUUGGGAUAGAGAAAAUCGGGCAAAACGUUUUGAAGAUACGAAUAACAGCGACGAUGGUGAAAGAGAAGAUUCAGAUAAUGAUGUUCACCCGAGUCCGAAAAGGGGAGGUAGAGAAUACAGAGAUACAAUGGACAACACAGAUCGUCUUAGUAAAACUACUUCUGUACCUACAGCUUCCACAAAUGCUUCACCUGCGCGAUUGCCGCGAACUAUUAAGAAGGUAGAUUUAGGGGCUGCUGCAAAUUAUGGAAGAGAACAGUCUAAUAAUGGUAUAUCCGGAUCGCAAAAUAAUUCUUUGUCAUUACCCAUCAAGCAAAAAAGUAAAAAUGACAUUUUAAAUGAUAUUUUUGAUUCUCAGAAUGAGAAUAACGCUAAAUCAGUUGUUGAUGACGACGAUGACUUUAAUCCAAGGGCAAAUACUCAACCUACUGUACAAAGCCAUAAUGCAAACACAGACUUUGGGGAUUUUACUAGCGCGUUCGGCAGUCCUACCGUGAAAACGAAAGACAGUAACGAUGAAUUCGCGGAUUUCACAUCUGCUUUCAAUUCUUCUGUAACAAUAUCUAAUCCUCCAGUAGUUCAAUCACAAAUGCCACAAACACAAAUAAAUUUGAUAGGAGCAACAAUACCAAAUAUUAAUAGUCCAGUGACUGAUAACGUGAAUAAUUCAAUGUUCAUGAACACUCACUCAGCAAGCACACCUUCUUUUACACCUGUAACUUCUGGAAACACAGUUCUACAAAAUUCUAAUAUGAAUAGUAAUCUGUUUGAUUCUUUACAACCGCAAGUGCUCAACAAUCAACAAACAUUAAAUAAUAAUACAGCGCCUUCAACUACGGAUCUUUUAUCAGAUUUAGAUACCUUAAAUUCUGUGACCACUGGUUCUAUUGAUAGGCGAAUAAAUAGUACCGACAAUACCAAUCUUUUCAUGAGCAUUAGUUCACCUAUCGUGGGUAGUCAUGGAGCAUACAAGAUAGAAGAAAGCUUCGUCGCUUCUGCUGAAAAUCUUUCAAAACAUGCUGCACAUCGACUUUUGGGAGAAUUAUGUUGUAUGGGUCCUAUCAAAAGCCAUAACAGUCUGAUAAAACUGAAGUCUUAUAUUUCCGAUUACAUUAAAUUCUUACCAGGAUCGUUUACGCCACAAAAAUAUACUAUGCUUGAUUUUGACCAUGAAAUCGAUUCUAUGUUACAUGGAAGAAUCUUAGAAGAAGUUAUUGAAAAGUUUGAUUAUAAUUGGCCAUUGCAAGGGAAUACAUUAGAUCCAAUAGUUAAAGAUUUAAUAAUUGUUGAUGGCGCCACAUUGCCAAUUUUCACAGAAUCUUUAUCAGCUUUAAGUUUUGCUCUGAAACAAACUGAAGAUGAGGAAAAGAUGUUUACUAUUUCGGUAAUUUUGGAAUUAUUAAUGAAAAGUGACGCUUUGUUUUCUGCAAUAAUAAAUGUAUGCAAAUGUGAAAUUCGAAGUUUAAGGCAAGAAGAGGAGUUGGAUCAGACUUGGCGAAAUGUGGUGCAAAUAUUAAUUUCGUUACCAAAUCGUGUAGCUAAUAAACUGAAAAAUAAAACCUUCGACACUUUUCUCCCACAAACGUAUCUAAAAAUUAUGAGUUUUCAUAUUGGCCGCGCAAUAUCAUUUAUAAACACUGGAUUGCAUUAUGGUAUCAACAUAGAGACAAAGCCGCUUGCAAUUUUAAUCAGCAAACUGGUAAAAACCGCGAACGUAGAACAUUUGUUGCCUUUCAUCGCCAUCUUAACAGAAUGGUGUUUCAAAAAUAAGAACAAUGAACAAAAUUUGAUACAAAGAAUAUUCAAAACAUUAGAUACACCAAGUAUAGAACCAAUAGCUGUAUUAUUUUUAAAACAUUGCGAUGUAAAAUUUGGAGUGUAUCCAAUUUUUGGUGAUGUAUUAUCCAAUUCAAAUUGGAAAUACACGUUAACAACAAAAAUUCCUUUAAUGUGUUACUAUAAUGAUGAAAAUUUAAUAAUGAAUUUAAGCUUGUACUUAUCGCAAUUUUUAGACGAAAGUCGUAUUGUAAUUGAAUUAUUAAUGAAACUUCUAGACGUUUGGGGCGACAAAAGUGCUUUGAAUCAUACUUCAGUGGAUCAACAUAAAUAUAUAACAAAACUAAUAAUUAUGUGUAUGAGAAAAUCAAAAAAUUAUUUGUCUAGGGAUGAAAAAGAUAGUAUUCAAAGAUUGCUAUUUUCUGGUAUAUCGGUUCACCUUGAAUGUUCACACAUUAUUUUACGAGCUAUAGGAAUGUGUAUCGGUGAAAUUUUCACUGAUGAAUUAUCUGAAUCAGAUAACGCGCCGAAGCUCCAUUUUGAAUAUAACAAUAUGCCAAUUGAAGCGAUAGAUUUAGUUCAGUCUUUAAAAAAAUUGGGUGCAAUAACAAACAUCUCAGAAAGAAAGGAACAUACCGAAGAGAAUUGUUUAAUUCUUAAUGACAUUGAAUUUGACACAUUAGCCGAUAAAAGACUAUACGAGUUAGGUGUGGAAUGUAGUAUUUUACUUAAGAAGAGUAUAGAACUAAAAGAGAGCAAUAGAUGUGAAGAUAUCUCUACUAUAACUAAUUUUAAAGGAUUAGCUGUACCUCAUACGAUAGUGUCAGAUAACAAUGAAAUAAUCAACGACACUGAAAAUGAUUCAGAAUUAGACAGCGAUGAUGACUUAGUACCAUAUGAUAUGUCUCAUGAUAGAAAAGUUACUGAAAAAUUACGACCAGCGUACCUACGUGAUUUACGUGAUAAUUUAGUUAAUGAAAAAAAUUCGACAAAUCCAGAUAUCUUUUCGGAAUCAUUAGAAGUUUGCGAAGAAUUAAUAUUAUCACAAUUACCCGGCGAUGAUGUAUCCUUUGCUAUUGAAUUAUUAGAACUUCUUAUUACGCUCAAAGAAUCGUGUUGUGUAGACAAUUUUGAAACAUUAACAUUUAAGUCUUGUGUAGCUAUAGUAACCAUAUAUCCCAACGAAUGUGCUGCAUUUUUAUGUCAACAAUUUUAUACAGAAGUAGAUAAAUACUCUGCAAGUCAACGAUUAUUCUUCCUAGAUGUAUUAGCAGAAACAGCAAGAAAAUUAUCAAGCAUUCCAGUUAAGGAAAAUGAAGAGAGUACAAUCGAUGAAGUAAAAUCGAAACCAAAAAGAAAAGAAAUUUCAAACAAAGUAUCACUUUUUAUUAAUAUUGAAAAAAGUCAACAGUAUAAUGUGUUAUACAGUGAUGAUUUCGAGGAAUUCGGAAGGCCAGAAGACCAGAUUGUAGAUUGGCGAGAAAUUGUUGAUAAAAGAAUUGAAUUAAACACAAAAAGAUACGCACAUAGCAUAAAAUCUUCCAAAACAUUCGAAAAUAAAUUUGCAAACGUUGCAUCUUCAUUUUUUUAUCCACUUUUGUAUAGUUUCGGUAAACAGGGUACUUGUUUAAAUAGUGGAUUGCAGAUUUUUACAGAUCAAGAAAACAUCUUAUUGAUUCGAUUUCUCAAAACCUUAUCUACAAUAAUGGUAGCAGCCCAAAAUUGUUUAUUAGCUUCUAAAAUGGGAAAAGAAAUUUUAGACUUGUCAUGGUCACUACGAUAUCAUGAUCAAGCAAAAGUUAGAGUGGCAGUUAUAGAAAAUGUUGCAGCUGUACUUGUUGCAGUGCCAAAAAAUAUAAUCGUAAAUGAAUUAUUUGAAACUAUCAUUGAAGUAAGGCUAUGGCUUUUAGAUUUGUCUCAAAAUAUGAUUAAUGGUGAUUGUGACAAAGAAUGCAGAAGUUUAGGUGCUAGCGUGGUAUCUUUAAUUGACUCCAUUAUGGGUUCCACAUUUGAAAAUUAAUUUUUAUCAGGAAUUUAAUAAGAUUUUUGAACAAUUGGAUUAUCAUCUGUUACAAAUCUUCUUACCCCUACAUCUACCAAUUCCAAAAUUCAAAUGUCAAGUAAUACAUCUGCACAAGUUGGUUCUACAUGGGCUUCUUCAGGAUUGAA